CGAGUCCGUCUACGAUGGCAGAGAGCGAUUUAGACAGCGAGGUAACCGACCUGGAGGAGACGUUCAACAGAGCUGCCAAGUAUCUGCAAACGCUGGUAGCGGAAUUGGAUUCGGGUCAGCUGCUCGCCUUUUACGGUCUAUACAAACAGGCAACCGUAGGCCCGUGCGACAUCCCGAGGCCGAACUGGUAUCAGGUGCAGGCCAAGCACAAGUGGGAAGCAUGGAAGAAUCUCGGAGACAUGAGCCACGAGACCGCGAUGGCAAACUACAUCCACGGGAUCGAGAGGAUAAAUCCGUCGUGGGACGAGGAGGAGGCGAGAGCAGAGUCUGCAAAAUGGAUCGUCUUCAGCAAACUGUCGAACGGGAGCGCCGAGCUCAACGACGAGGACAAGACGUUCUUGGAUUGGAUUAAAGAGGGCAACGAGGCGAAGGUACAGGAAUUUUUAAGCGGCGAGCCCGCACUCGCCAACAUACCGGACGAGGAGGGCAUGCAUCCCAUCCACUGGGCCGCGGAUCGCGGCUACCUCGCAAUCCUGGCUCACCUGGUUAAAAGCGGCGCGAAUAUAAAUUCGCGGGACCAGCACGGGCAGACGGCCCUUCACUACGUGGCGAGCUGCGAUCACGUGGACGCGGUCAAGUACUUGCUCUCGAUCGGGGCCCAGUCAAACGUAGUGGACAACGACGGUGUUACACCCAAAGAGAUCGCGAACGAGCAGAUCGCCGCCCUUUUGUAAUGCCUAUACCACGUUGUACACAAUUGUUAAUUCUGUUUUGCAUAUAUCAAUAAAUUCAGUAUACCGAUAAUCUCA